AUGCGUACGAUUUUUAAGACGCGUGGGAGAACGUUCUAUGCACCUACAUCCACUGCAACGGAUGACAUUAUCAACAACUUCUACUCACAACUACAAGAUGUGAUCAAUUCAAACAAAAAGAACUGUGAAACACUUGUCGUGGCUGGUGACUUCAAUGCCAAACUUGGAAACCAGCGCAUCCCUCUUGUCAUGGGACCCCAUGGCUAUGAUGACAGAAAUUCAAGAGGAGACAGACUUGUUGAUUUCUGCAUGGUUAACAACCUCACUGCCGCACACUCCUGGUUCCCCAAGCGAUCUUCUUACAAGGUUACUUGGAUCAGCAGGCGCAAGAGGAAGGAUGUAGGCACUCCAGAAUUCACAGCUCUGAGGAAUGAGGUCAAACAUCCAUGCCAGAAAGAUCUCAACGAAUGGUUGGUAACUAAUAUCAACACAUUGAACCAAGCAUACCAGAAUCACAAUUGCAGAGCUAUGUUCAAAACUGCUGAUGUUCUCCUUCAGAAAACAUGUACGCCUGUGGUGAACAUCAAAGAUGCAAACGGUCUGCUAUUGGAGACAGCUGAAGAAGAAAUACAGCGUUGGCAUCAGUAUGCUGUAGAUCUAUUUGAGUCCAAUCGGCCACGUCCACCCCAUCACACAACUGAGGUUGAACGAAACCCACCGUCACCGGAAGAGACCAAGGAAGCCAUACAGGCACUGAAAAACCACAAGGCUCCCGGAGUUGAUUGCGUCAAAUCUGAAGCUCUUAAAGCUGCGACACAGGACCCAGAGAUAUUCAAAACCCUUCAUGGGGCCGUGUGUAACAUCUGGAACUCUGGGAAGUGGCCACAGUCGAUGACCAAGUCAGUGUACAUCAAAAAUAGUAAACGAGGCUUGUGCAACAACUACAGAACACUUGCACUAAUCAGUCAGGCCAGCAAAAUUGUUCUGAAUGUGAUACAACGCAGACUGGAAAGAACCGCUAACAUCGAAGUGAGUGACACCCAAUGUGGGUUUGUAAGCGGUAAAGGCACAACUGAUGGAAUCUACCUCCUGAAAGGUGUGGCCGAAUCGCACUACGCAGGAAAACGCCCUCUCCGUCUGGUCUUUGUUGACUAUAAGAAGGCAUUUGAUUCAGUAAAUCAAGCGCUUCUGUUUGCAAAGCUACGAUAUCUUGGCGUGGAGGAGGAUGUGAUGCGGCUACUUGAGGAUCUUUACAUCAACUCAAAUGGCAAGCUCCGGUGGAAAGGUCGGAUGACAGACGAGUUUGAGACACCAGUCGGAGUACGCUAA